UUAGCUAAAUGGCAUAUCGAGUUAAGUAGCAUAUAAAAGAAAAAAUUAAAUAAAAUAACAAACAAGUAAAAGAGUAAUGAUUUUAAAGCAGUUGUUGGAGACGUCGCAUUUGUUACCAAAAUGAUUUAAAAAUUACGUUGACCGUCCAACACAACGCGCAACAUUUUUUCAAUGUUUUAUCAUAUGAUUAUGCAUCAUCUAUUUUUGAUAACACUUUCUGCAACAUUUGCUGCAACAUUCGCUGCAGAUGUUAAUUUAUGCCGAUUAAAUGUUCGCUUUAAUGAAGACUUAUUUCUAUCCAGCAACAUUAGAAACAUUAGAAAUUUCAAUUCAACAAAAAUAAAAGAAGAAUGGGUCAUUAUAAAAAAAUAUGUUGAAAAUGUUAAUUUUUCUGUUUUUUUUCAAGAAGAUCGUACUAAAAAAUUCUUAGCAGUCACUACUGGAAAUAAAAUCAAUUUUAUUAAUGCAUCUGCAAAUAACAUUUGGCGCCGUUUAUUCGAAUUGAAAAAAUUAAGCAACACAACGUUUAAUAUAAUUACAUUGGUUAGUGGUACAACAGAUAAUAUUAGUAAAGUAAUGUUUAACGGAGAUAAAUUUAUACUUAGUAACGUAGCAACAGUUUUCAACGCAGAUGUAAUUAACGGAUGUGAAGAUAUUUUUCCCCAAGCGUUGUCACAAAAAACUACAGCAGCAAGUAUUUCUUCCAGUUCAACAACUUCACAAAAUAUAGCAACUGUUUCAUCAACUUUUACUUCACAGAAUAUAGCAACUGUUUCAUCAACUUUUACUUCACAGAAUAUAGCUACUGUUUCAUCAGGAACUUUUACUCCUCAAAAUACAAUUGUUUCAUCAGCAAAUGGCUCAAAUAUUCUUGAUAGAUUUCUUUAUGAUAAGCUAUUUUCAGAAUUUCCUCACAGUAAAUCAAAGGACAAUGAUAAAAUAAUUCUAAAUAAACUUCUAAAUAUUGAAAUUCAUGGAUUAAUCGCUGCAAAUAACUUAUCUGAUGGUGGUUUUGUUGUUGUAAAUUCACCAAUUGCAGAUGCAAUAUCUUCAAAGCAAAAACUUCCAUUUAAUUUUGGGCUUUCAGAUCAAUCAAGUUUAACUAAUGGAAUAGAGGUUGAAGGCAGAAGUAAUGAUUUUAUGGCAAUGUUUGCUUCCAAAUACAAAAAUAUUCACACAAGUUUUAGUGAUAAUAUACAGAUUGAAGACAAUGGAAUGGUUAGAUCAGGAUAUUUUGUGAACAGUAUACUUCUUUCUGCAAUUGUAGCCAAUCAGUCUGUUGUUGAGAAAGUCACUGUUAAAUUACACCAUUUAAAUCAGUCUGGAUUUGAGGAAUCAGUUUGUGCAUUUUGGAAUUCAAGUGGAAAAGGAUUUUGGUCAACGAUUGGUUGUAAAACAUUUUAUUUAUCAAACUACAGCACAACAUGUUUAUGUUCUCAUCUUACAAAUUUUGCAAUUCUAACUUCAGUUAAAGGAUUUCAGAUUUCUAAAACCCAUCAAAAAGCUUUAAAUACCAUAACUCUGAUUUUUUCUGGACUUUCUAUUUUUUUCUUAAUUAUUGGAAUUAUCAUUAUUCUACUGAUAUUAAUAGGCUAUAAAAAGCGUACAAAACACAUUAUUCACCUAAAUUUGAUGAUUUCGUUGUUAAUUGCUCAAACUGUUUUUGUUUUUGGAGUUGAUGCAGUGAAGUAUAAGGUUUUAUGUAAAUCAGUUGCAUACAUUUUGCAUUAUUUUUGGUUAGCUACUUUCGGUUGGAUGUUGAUAGAAGGAAUUUACCUUUAUAUUGUUAUUUUAAAAGUUUUUGCCGAACCUAAAAAGUAUAUACGCAUAUAUUUCUUAACAGCAUGGGGAAUUCCUUUAUUUAUUGUUGUUAUUACAAAUCUAAUUAACAAAAAUGCCUAUUCCGUUACUAACCAUUGCUGGCUUUCAAACUCAUAUGAUACUGUAUGGGCAUUUCUUGGUCCUGUUUUAGGAAUAAUAGUGAUAAAUGGUUCAAUUUUGCUAAUGGUGUUGAUACAAAUAGUCAAACUUAAUAACAGUAAUAAGCUUUCUAACAACUUGAGAGCUGGGUUUCGAUCUUCCAUUAUUUUGCUGCCAAUUCUUGGUGUGACUUGGAUUUUUGGAUAUCUUUCUUUUGGAAGUGAAACUCUUUUUUUUCAAUAUAUUUUUGCUGUAUUAAAUUCUGCUCAGGGUUUCUUGCUUACUUUAUUUCAUUGCUUUCUUAAUGAAGAGAUUUGGACUAGUUUCAAACGUCGUUUGUCAGUUGUAUUUUACUCUUCAAAGUUUUCAGACAUAAAGUUUGAAAAUCCACUUUUGAGUCGCACAUCUUACAAUGUUUCAUGUGCUCAACAAAGUAUGGGUCAAUCUGCUAAAUGUUCUUUUCUCAGCUCAAAUGCUUCAUGAAUACUUUCCACGUGAUUUAAAGACUUUCCACGUGAUUUAAAGACUUCCGACGCCAUAUACGUGAUUUAAAGACGAUUAAAGAAGAGGUGAUGCGAUUAAAGUUUGUGAUUAAAUUGUUUUAAUUUUUUUUUUUUUUUUUUUUUUGCUCUUUUAAUCUGUCUUAUAUUUAUAGUUUGUAAAACUAGUAAUUAUAGAUACAUAAACGAAAAAACUUUUUUGUUUACUUUUAUUUUAUGAAAAAUAAAUGUAAGACAA